GGUGAUUCGAUUUAGUUAAGGAUGCACAUCAAUCGUACUGUACAGAUUGGGGUUGCUCAGUUUGUUAGGUUUGGUUAAUUUUUCUUUUUAACCUGUCGCCAUGGAUGGAUGAAUUCAUGGAUUUCAUUGAGAGCAGCUGGAGAAGAAAGAAGAAGAGUGACGUGAUCCAUUCAUUCGUUCGUUCACCUUGACUGACCACUGCAACUUCGUCUCCUCUCCCCUUAAAUUCCCCUUCACUCUCCUCACUCCAUCCAGCUCACCACCAGCAGCAGCAUCAGCAGCAAUGCAGCCUCCCAUCCUCCUCCCGCUUCUCCUCCUCCUCCUCCUCCUCGCCGCCGCCUCGCCACGGCCGGUUCUCUCCCGCCGCCACGCCUCGCCGCCGCUCGCCACCGAGACGCUCGACGUCGCCGCGUCGCUGUCCCGGGCGCGGGCCGCGGUAUCCGCGGAGGCCGUGCCGCUCCACCAGUCCGCCGCCGCCGCCGUGUCCACGGAGGUCGUCGGGGAGGAGCACGAGGAGGGGCGCCUGGCCCUGCGGCUCCACUCCCGGGACUUCUUGCCGGAGGAGCAGGGGCGGCAGCGGCACGCCAGCUACAGGUCACUCGUGCUGGCUCGCCUCCGCCGCGACUCCGCCCGCGCCGCCGCGGUGUCGGCCCGCGCGGCGAUGGCGGCGGACGGGGUGAGUCGGUUCGACCUGGUGCCGGCCAACGUCACGGCGUUCGAGGCGUCGGCGGCGGAGAUACAGGGCCCCGUGGUGUCCGGGGUUGGGCUCGGCAGCGGCGAGUACUUCUCCCGCGUCGGCGUCGGCAGCCCCGCGCGGCAGCUGUACAUGGUGCUCGACACCGGCAGCGACGUCACCUGGGUGCAAUGCCAGCCGUGCGCCGACUGCUACCAGCAGUCCGACCCGGUGUUCGACCCUUCCCUCUCCACCUCCUACGCCUCCGUCGCCUGCGACAACCCGCGCUGCCACGACCUCGACGCCGCCGCCUGCCGCAACUCCACCGGCGCCUGCCUCUACGAGGUCGCGUACGGCGACGGCUCCUACACCGUCGGCGACUUCGCCACCGAGACGCUCACGCUCGGCGACUCCGCCCCGGUCUCCAGCGUCGCCAUAGGCUGCGGCCACGACAACGAGGGGCUGUUCGUCGGCGCGGCGGGGCUGCUUGCCCUCGGCGGCGGGCCACUCUCCUUCCCGUCCCAGAUCUCCGCCACCACCUUCUCCUACUGCCUCGUCGACCGUGACUCCCCCUCCUCGUCAACCCUCCAGUUCGGCGACGCCGCCGACGCGGAGGUGACGGCGCCGCUGAUCCGCAGCCCGCGGACGAGCACGUUCUACUACGUGGGCCUCUCGGGCCUCUCCGUCGGUGGCCAGAUCCUCUCCAUCCCACCCUCGGCGUUCGCCAUGGACAGCACGGGCGCCGGCGGCGUCAUCGUGGACUCCGGCACGGCGGUGACGCGGCUGCAGUCGUCGGCGUACGCGGCGCUGCGCGACGCGUUCGUCCGGGGCACCCAGUCGCUGCCGCGCACCUCCGGCGUGUCGCUGUUCGACACGUGCUACGACCUGUCGGACCGGACGAGCGUGGAGGUCCCCGCGGUGUCGCUGCGGUUCGCCGGCGGCGGCGAGCUCCGGCUGCCGGCGAAGAACUACCUGAUCCCGGUGGACGGCGCGGGGACGUACUGCCUGGCGUUCGCGCCGACGAACGCGGCGGUGUCCAUCAUCGGGAACGUGCAGCAGCAGGGGACCCGCGUCAGCUUCGACACGGCCAAGUCCACCGUCGGCUUCACCACCAACAAGUGCUAAGUCAUUAGCAGCGAUGGCUUAACUUAAUUAGCCAGAUCAAGGAGUGAUUAGUGGUGGUAAAUGGUAAUUAAGCGCGAGAGUGUGUGAUGUGGGGGUGGGGCCCAGUGCCAGGCUCUGUGGGCUUUGGGAGAGACGAAAGGCGAGGACAAAUGCCAGCCUGUCCUGCUCUCUGCUUGUCGAUGGAUGGGGGGGCCCACUCUCUUCUUCUCCGGUGCUUUGCUGUUUCGUCUUUGAUGUCUCGGCAAAGACGAAUUAAAAUGAAUCCAUUCCAAUCUGUUCAUGUGUUC